CCUUCUGGUUCAGCUCAGUACUUCUCUCCUCUCAGUGGGGGUUGGUUGUUUACAGCACAUGUAAUUUCCAGUUAGCUUGUUAGCUUAGCUUCCUCCACGGUGGAGCUAGUGUACUACAUUCGUCAUGACCAAACUUUAGUGAUCAGCUACAAAUUAAGACAAACAUUUUAAAAUUUGCAGAGUAUUAUGAAGAUAAUGCCCUCGAAGCACCGUUUAGACCGUUUAUCUACAAAAAGUUGGUUUGAACAUUUAUUCUAGUUCAGAACACUUCCUCCAGUUUUGUCUCCUUUUUUGUGUUUCUUCUUCUAAUGUUUAAACUAAGAUUUAAAGUUCAGAUAUUUUUUAACUGACUUUAAAAAUUUUGGUAAAUAAGAUGAGACCAGAGCUGUGACUAAUCUGUUAAAACUUUCUAAUAUUUUAGACCUUCUGACACCAAAACAUGGGCCUGCAUCAACUGAAACAUCCAUCACUACCAGCCAGAACAUAGAGGACCCGGAGGAACCAGAACCUCCAGAAGAAGAACCAGAACCUUCAGAAGAAGAACCAGAACCUCCAGAGAUGAAAGAGGAAGAGGAGGAACUCUGUAUCAGUCCGGGUGAUGAGCAGGUUGUUCUGAAGAUGGAGGCUGAGACCUUCAUGGUGACUGCUGACUUGGAGAAAAGAGUCCACUGGGAACCAGGACCAACCAGGGACCGAGUCCUCUCUCAGAACUCUCCUAAAGCUGAGAACCAGGACCAGGUAGGAAGCAGAACUCUAGACCUAGGAUCCUACAGAGAAGAGGAGUCAGWACAAAACAAGACAAGUCACAGAGAACUUCCACAGCACUGUGUCCUGAAGAAGGAGGAGGUUCUCCCUGAGCAACAGCUGAGGAACCAGGAGAGGAACUCCAGUCUGGACCAGGAAGGUCCACAAACACCAGCAGGUCAUGAACAACCAGAGACAACAGAAGCCCUGCAGGAGCCAAAACAUGUUCAGAUUAAAGAGGAGCAGGAGGAACCAGAACCUCCACAGGAGGAACCAGAACCUCCACAGACUAAAGAGGAAGAGGAGGAUCUCUGCAUCAGUCAGGCUGAAGACCAGCAGGUUCUGAAGAUGGAGGCUGAGACCUUCAUGGUGACUGUUGACUUUGAGGAAAGAGACCAGUGGGAACCAGAACCAAACAGGG